AUGCUUCUUCAUCGUCUUGCUUAUCACACAUCUCAAAAGUCACGUACCGGCAUCAGGAAGGCAUCCACCAUCGUAGGCCUAUCUGGUCGUGUGUACAUCCAGCGCGAGGUGCUUGAGGAGCGCAAAGAUCCUAGACUGAACAUUUUCAAAGCUGAAUCUCAAGACCAGUCCUUCGUUUUCAAGCGCCUGUCCAAAUCAUUCUACGACCUGUCCUUGCGCGUUGCAGCCGACUUCCCCGAUCUCGUCGGCUUCGGAUACAUGUUGAUUUCAACGAGGACGAAAACAUCCUGA